UUCGUAGUUCUACUAUUUCCCGACAGGGUUAAAAGACCGUUGUUAUCUCUUGUGGGUGAGAACUUUGUACGCAAGCUGCCUGUUAUAGAUAAGAACACAAAGAUGGGUCGUAUGCACGCACCAGGAAAGGGUAUAUCCCAGUCGGCGUUACCUUAUAGACGUAGUAUCCCUACUUGGCUCAAAUUAACUCCAGAGAAUUGCAAAGAGUUGAUUUAUAAAUUAGCUAAAAAAGGACAUACCCCAUCACAAAUUGGCGUGAUUCUUCGAGAUUCUCAUGGAGUUGCUCAAGUACGUUUCCGUACUGGAAAUAAAAUCUUAAGGAUAGUUAAAAGUAUCGGUCUCGCACCCGAUUUACCAGAAGAUUUAUACUAUUUGAUUAAAAAAGCAGUAGCCAUAAGAAAACAUUUAGAAAGAAAUCGGAAAGAUAAAGACAGUAAAUUCAGAUUAAUUCUUGUAGAGUCUAGAAUUCAUAGACUCGCACGCUAUUACAAGUCCAAAGGAAUUCUUCCAGCUAACUGGAAGUAUGAAAGUUCCACAGCUAGCGCACUUGUUGCG